AUGAUCGCACUCUACGGAGUGGUCAUGCAGAUCUUGCAGCAGAACCUUGGAUCAUUGGCUUGGAUCGGCGAGGGAGACAUGGCGAGCUGCCUGGCAGGAAUGAACACGGCUAACAUGGGAACGCUGGACGACGUCAUUGUCCACAAGCCGAUCAAAAUCGGGCCCAUCCAAGUCGGAACUGAGAAAGUGCUGGAGUUCGAGGGCAUGAAGAAGCUCGGUGCAACGGAGACCUUGUCCAAGUGCAAGGAUGACUCGUCUGUUGGAUACCUCUUCAUCCACAAGAACCUGUACUGGCAGAACGACAAGUCUGCCAUCGACCUGGAGGCCUUUUCGAAGUUCAAGGCAGAUCAGGACCUGAAGAAGGCAGAGGCCAAGAAACAAAAGGAGGCGGCAGCAGCAGCCGCGAAGGCAGCGGAAGAGAAGGAUGCGGCGACAGCGAAGGAAGCGCUGGACGAGGCCGGUGCCGAAGCCCCCACCAUUAUUAGCAAGGAGGCCGACAAGGACGCAAUCGCAAAGGCCCAGGAGGCUGGAAAGAUCCAGGGCGAAGUGAAGAUCACCACCGACGGCAAGGUGAAGGUGACACCGGCUGCGCAG